CUCCUCCCCAGCCCGGCUGUGCGUGGAGGCUGCGGCUCGGUGGGGCAGGCGCUGAGCGCACGGCGGCGGCACCCGGCGCAGAGGCUCCGGCGCGGGGAGCCGGGCUCAGCCCCGGCCUGCGAGCGCCGCGGUCCUAGCCCACCCGAGGCCGGCCUGGGGGGCCCGCAGGGCGCGCGGAGCGCCGAGUGCGCAUCGGGCUGGGCCCCGCACCCCGGUGCAGGAGCGCGGGCGCGGCGCGGCGGAGCGCCCCGCAUGGAGCCGCCCCGGGAGCCCCCUGCGCGGGCCCGGCCGCCCCCGCCGGUCGCCGCGCGCCCCGCGCCCGCCCCCGCCGCCCCCGCCGCCCCCAGGCCUCGCUCGCCCGCAGAGGCUGAGGCCCGCGGCCCCGAGGGGCUACUGCGGCGAUCCGGGUCGGGCUACGAGGGCAGCACCAGCUGGAAGGCGGCCUUGGAGGACACCACCACACGUCUCCUGCUGGGUGCCAUUGCGGUCCUUCUGUUCGCCAUCUUGGUGGUGAUGAGCAUCUUGGCAUCCAAGGGGUGUGUACAGUGUGCUGCGCCCUGCCCAGAGGACUGGCUGCUCUACGGAAGGAAGUGUUACUUCUUUUCUGAGGAACCCAGAGACUGGAACACAGGCAGGCAGCACUGCCACACCCAUGAGGCAGUGCUGGCUGUGAUUCCAAACCAGAAGGAGCUGGAAUUUAUGUUCAAGUUCAGGAGGGAGCCCUGGAUUGGACUACGCAGAGUUGGGGCGAAUUCACUGGGUCAGCGAGACCCGUUUGAUCCAGACACGUUCACCAUCGCAGGUCCGGGGUGUGUCUUCGUGGAGCCCACCAGGCUGGUGUUGGAGUGUCUGAUGACCCGGCCCUGGGUGUGCAGCAAGAUGGCCUAUACGUGAGGUGGGUGGGGCCAGAGGUGGCCCCUCCCCCCAGGCCUGUGGGCGGUGUCUGCCCGAGACCUGCUCCAGCGGAGCCGCCUGCCCUCUGCAAGACCAAGCAGUGGGGUGGGUGGCCUCUGCCCCAGGCCCCUCUCCCAGGCCCUGGCGCUCUGAGUCCCUGGUUCCUGGCCUCCUUUGUCUCCAGGCAGGUCGUGUGGCUCAGCAGUUAAAUCUCAUAUGCUAAGUAGUGUAGGCAUCUGCCCACCCUACGCGC